AUGGUCCUCAAAACUGAACUAUGCCGAUUCAGUGGUGCCAAGAUUUAUCCAGGAAAGGGCAUCAGAUUUGUUCGUGGUGAUUCUCAGGUUUUCCUGUUUGCCAAUUCCAAAUGCAAGAGGUAUUUCCACAAUCGCUUGAAGCCAUCGAAGCUUACCUGGACUGCAAUGUACAGAAAGCAACACAAGAAGGAUAUUGCUCAAGAAGCUGUGAAGAAGAGAAGACGUGCUGCGAAGAAGCCUUACUCUAGGUCCAUUGUUGGUGCCACUCUGGAAGUUAUCCAGAAAAAGAGGACUGAGAAGCCAGAAGUUAGAGACGCAGCUAGGGAAGCUGCCCUUCGUGAAAUUAAGGAGAGGAUCAAGAAAACAAAGGAUGAGAAGAAGGCUAAGAAAGCUGAAGUUGCAGCCAAGUCACAAAAAGCGGGAGGGAAAGGCAAUGUUUCCAAGGGUGCUAUGCCCAAAGGUCCCAAACUCGGUGGUGGAGGCGGGAAACGUUGA